CAAAAAUUUUCAUUUGUACAAAUUCUUUGACAUGAUAUCAGUGCAAUUCAUCUAAUACAUGUAGUAUAUACAUGUACAUAUGACAAUAACAUGUAAAUUGAAAUCAACAAUUUCUUUAUAAUUUCCAUGUAGCUUCCUGUACGCUUAUAUUAUGUAUUAUAGGCAGAGGAGUCAGAACAACUGUCCGCAGAAAUGCAGGCGACUUUUUGUUAGUGUAUACAGGAAAGGUUAUAACAAAGAAGGAAGGUGAGAACUUGGAAGAAGGGUUCUCAUCUGGCUACAGAUUUUGUUUACAGAGAUUUGUGUGUUGAUGCAUCAGAAGAAGAUGGUAGAUUGGGAAGGCUUGUGAACCAUGGGAGCAAGAAAGAGAUCAACUGCAAAAUGAAAUUAAUAGGGGAAGUGCUAUGUCUUUUUGGAACCAGAGAUAUACAUGAGGGAGAAGAGCUAGCUAUUAUAUGACUAUGGACUCAAGUCUUAUCCAUGGAAUUCUAAGACAAACCAUCAGCCCCUAAGGGACCAUUCAGUGUGUCCAAUCUCACUGCUUCAUCUGCUGACUUGAAUGGAAGCUAACAACAAAAGAUAACGGUUCUCCAGUCACAGGCUAUGUUAUUGAGUCCAGACCUAGCACCAGAGCAAGAUGGAGCAAAGUGGCCAAGAUGGAUGCCAACACCACCAAAUACUCUCCCAAAGACCUCAUUGACUAUCUGUUCAGGGUGUCUGCUGUUAAUGAGGAGGGACAAGUCUCACCACUAGAGACCAAAGAACCUGUGAGACUUAAGAGGAAGAUAGAUGUUUUAUCUUCACCAAGACAAGUCAAAGUGUCUAAACUUGGACCCGAUUUUGUGACACUGGAUUGGAAAUCACUGUCUUCAGAUGGAGGCUCCAAGGUGACAGGGUAUGUGGUGAAGCAGAAGAGAGGCUCUGAUGGUGACUGGGAGGAGGUGGCCACUCUAAAGGCCAUUGAGACGUCUUACAAGGUCCCCAAACUUGAUGAAGACCAAGAGUAUUUCUUUUCUAUAACUGCCCUGAACCAGAACGGACAAGGAGAAACCUGUGAACUGGACACGUCUGUUGUUCCAAAGAGACCUCCAGAAAAAACCGUCGCCACCAGUUGGUCCAGUCAUACUCUCAGACAUUCAGAAAACCUCUUUGGUGUUAGCCUGAAAACCCAGCAAGAAUGAUGGCAGAUCUCCUCUAACAGCUUACUAUAUUGAAAAGAGGGACCCUAAUAAUGGAUCCUGGUCUGCAGUCACCAAAGUGACGUACCCAGACAUCACCAGCUACUGUUUCGUAUGAUUUUGUUUUAAGAUUGUCUAGAAAUGGUGUUUGGAACUGGAGAUAAAGAAGAUCCCCCAAGCAAAGAACUUAAAAAGCAAAGAGGUAUU